AUGGUGGAUGAUUGUAUGCGCCUUGCGUUGGAGAAACACCAGGACUCUGGCUCUACUGUAGGGUUAAGCAAGAGGGUUAAGACUAAAAAGAUAUCAGAUGCUGAAUUUGCUGAUGACAUAUUUCUGUUGGCAAACACUGUGAGUGAGAUAGAGGAAUUGAUGCAGGAAGUGGAGACUAUGUCGAUGAGUGUGGCGCUGAAAAUGAAUGAAAUUAAGGCGAAGUAUCUGGUAGAGAAUAUUAAGAAGCCAGAGAAGAUUAUAAAUGUAGGCAGGAAGCCGCUAGAGUUGGUUGAGGACUUCCUGUAUCUGGGAGCAAAGACUGGAAACACAGAGGGUGAUAUAGUUGAGAGGAAGAGCAAAGCCUGGGUGGUAUGUCACAGUUUGAGAUCUGUAUUUAAGUCGGACCUUUGUAAAGAUCUGAAGAUCCGUCUCUUUGUUGCUGCAUUGGAGCCUGUGCUGUUGUGCGGGACUUGGGACACUGACCAAGAAACUCACUCAGAUGGUGGAUGGGUGCUACACGAGAAUGCUGAGGAUGGUUCUGAACAUUAA